UCUGCCAGCCAGCACCUUGGCCUCCCAGGGCUACCUUCCCUGAGGGCCUCAGGAGUGUUUUACUCCCCUCACCUUCUAGUACCUUGCACAAUUCCUGCUCUACCCUGCCCUGCAGUCUGCCAAUCCUCUGUGUUCUGCCUUUUCGGAGCUAACAAAGUCCCAGUCCCGACAAAAACAAGCUUCCACGUUGAAGUGACUUACGGCAAAUAUUCUUUGAAGUGAUUUUUAUACUUUUACAAUAACCCUAGAAUAAUAGUGUCUUAACAAAGUGAAAUCGGAGGGGCUUCAAGGAACCAUGGUUAAACCCACGAGGGGAUGUCCAGCCUGAGGAUUCUUCAGUUUCCUCUUCUGUCCAGAGCUGCACUCUCAGUGAGGAGCCAUUGGUUGCCUGACCGGUCGCACUCCAGCCAUGCCGCCCAAAUAUUGCUUUCUAGGCUUCCUCAUCUGUUUCUUCCCGACUGGGGUCGUAGAAACUCAGUCAGCCCAUGAGUCUCUGAAGCCUCAGAGAGUACAUUUCCAGUCUCGAAAUUUCCACAAUGUUUUGCACUGGCAGCCUGGGAGGGCUUGCACCAGCAACAGCAGUAUCUACUUCGUGCAAUAUAAAACGUACGGACAGAGACAAUGGAAAAAUAAAGAGAACUGUUGGGGUAUUCUAGAAUUCUUUUGCGACCUUACCAAUGAAACAUCAGAUAUACAGGAACCUUACUAUGGGCGGGUGAGGACCACCUCGGCUGGGAUCCACUCGGGCUGGACCAUGACACAGCGCUUCACUCCCUGGUGGGAAACAAGAAUAGAUCCUCCAGUCAUGAAUAUGGCCCAAGUUAAUGGAUCUUUGUUGGUGAUUCUCCAUGCUCCGGAUUUACCAUAUAGAGACCAAAAAGGAAAAAAUGUAUCAAUAGAAGAUUAUUACAAGCUAGUAUACCGAGUUUUUAUAAUUAAUAAUUCACUGGAAAAGGAGCAAAAGGUAUAUGAAGGAGCUGGCAGAGUUGUCGAAAUUGGAGCUCUGACACCUGGCUCCGCUUACUGUGCGGAGGCUGAAAUUUAUCAACCCAUGCUAGGCCGAAGAAGUCAGAGAAGUGAAGAAAGAUGUGUGGAAUUUCGUUGAAGGGGUAUGGAGUGCUCCCCAACAUGGCAAUCAAAAGCUUUCUGAGAGUGGGAUGACUCAUUGUUGAAGCAUCUUACUGAAAGCUGUGUUUAUAUUUCCUUGAUGCGGUGUUCACUAUUACACUUUGGGGAGCGCUUUGCUUAUCCAUUCUUUCUUCCUUUACAUUUUACUAUAAACUGAUUUAGGCAACACCACUCCAAACAUUGGAAUUAGGGGCGCCUGGGUGGCUCAGUGGGUUAAAGCUUCUGCCUUCAGCUCAGUUCA